GAGGGAGCUUGUGACUUCUCUGCAGCUGGGGUCUGGCGGAGAUGCUGCUGCUCAGACCCAUAGUGAGAGGACUCUGGGUCCUCCAGAGAACACCUAGAUUGGUAGCUGUACCCUGGGGGUCCCACCCACAAGCCUGCACUGCCUGGACCCCCUCCCACACUCAUGGCACCUGGAGCCCGGGCGACGGCAGCUGGAGAUGGAAGGUCACCGCCGUGGGGGCUCUGCUGGGCCUGGGUGCAGGCUUGGCCUAUGGAGAACACCGCAGAUGGGCGGCGGAAGCCGAGCUGAAUGCUGAGGCCGCACCCGGGGCGCCGUACCCUGUGUUCACCCGCCAGGAGGUGGGGCAGCACCGCAGCCUGGCCGAGCGGGUCUGGGUGACCUACAGAGGCGAGGUCUUCGACAUCACCAACUUUGUGGAGCUGCAUCCGGGGGGCAAGAGCAAGAUCCUGCUAGCAGCGGGGGGCGCCCUGGAGCCCUUCUGGGCCAUGUACGCCGUGCACAGCCAGGAGCACGUGCUAGAGAUUCUGCGGGCCUACAAGGUUGGGGAGCUGAGCCCCGAGGAGCAGAGCCAGCCCAGCCAGGGGGACCCCUACUCUGGGGACCCCCCUCGGCACCCCGCCCUCAAAGUCAACAGCCUCAAGCCCUUCAACGCGGAGCCGCCGGCUGAGCUGCUGACCGAGAACUACCUGACACCCAACCAGCUGUUCUUCAAACGCAACCACCUGCCGGUGCCGGCCGUGGACCCCGCCAGCUACCAGCUGCAGGUGGAGGGGCCGGGGGGCCGGGUGCUGGCGCUCUCGCUGCCCGAGCUCAAACGCCGCUUUCCCAAGCACGAGGUGACGGUCACCCUGCAGUGCGCCGGGAACCGCCGGUCGGAGAUGAGCCGCGUCCGGCAGGUGAAGGGGCUGGAGUGGGGGGUGGCGGCCAUCAGCACGGCCCGCUGGGGCGGCGUCCGGCUCCGGGAUGUCCUGGCGCACGCCGGCUACGAGGAGGAGGAGGAGGAGGCCGAGGAGCAGCACGUCUGCUUUGAGGGCCUGGAUAAGGACCUGAGCGGGGUGGCCUACGGUGCUUCCAUCCCCUACCGCACGGCCAUGGGUCGCGAGGCCGACGUGCUGCUGGCCUACGAGAUGAACGGCGAGGAGCUGCCGCGGGACCACGGCUACCCACUGCGGGUGGUGGUGCCAGGCGUGGUGGGCGCCCGCAACGUUAAGUGGCUGGGUCGGGUCUCCGUGAGCCGGGAGGAGAGCCCAAGCCACUGGCAGCAGAAUGACUACAAGGGCUUCUCGCCCGCUGUGGACUGGGACACGGUGGAUUUCACCACAGCCCCCGCCAUCCAGGAGCUGCCCGUCCAGUCGGCCAUCACGGAGCCCACGCCGGGGGCCACCAUCCCGCCUGGGGAGCUGACGGUCAAGGGCUAUGCCUGGAGCGGGGGCGGGCGCGGCGUGGUGCGCGUGGACGUCUCGCUAGACGGCGGCCGGACUGGGUCGGUGCGACUGAUGGGCAAGGAGCAGCGGCCGGGCCGGGCCUGGGCCUGGCGCCUGUGGCGGCUCACGGCCCCUGUCCCCCCCGACGCCGCAGAGCUGGACAUCGUCUGCAAGGCCGUGGACGCCAGCUACAAUGUGCAGCCCGACACGGUGGAGCCCAUCUGGAACCUGCGGGGGGUGCUGAGCAACGCCUGGCACCGUGUCCGCGUCACCGUGGCUGAGGAUUAAUGGGGGGGAGGAGGUCAGGUCCCGGCCGCUCAAUGGGCACCAAUGGCCUGUGGAAGCACGGGGGGGGCAGGGGAGACAUGCAGCCCUCCCCAGUGCCCUCUGCCCCCUCCCCACAUGGAUCGAGAUGGGUGGCUGAGUCGGGGAGGGAGUCCCUGAAACGGAUCCACCCAGCCCCAAGGGGGGAGCUUGGAGAGGACGAUUUAGGGACAGCCCCUC